CCACGGUAAGGUCCCUGAUAAGCGGGAUUUACCAGUGCUUAUGGAAACAACAAUUUUAUUUAGCGUUCCUCGGGAAUGUGGCCAGGUUUCCUUGCUUAGUUAAAGCAUAAUGCUGCUCGAGGUGCUCCUGGUCCUGGGGACACUCCUCAUCUACUUCUUGUUUUCCAAGAAGAAUGAGGAGAGGCUGCCCUUCAAAGAUGGGUGGUGGGGCAGGGGACAGAAGCCUGUGACUAAAGAAGACUCAAGCAUUAGGCCAUUUAAGGUGGAGGCUGCAGAGGAAGAGCUGAGUGAUUUAUUUAGGAGACUGGACCAGGCUCGAUUCACUGAGCCACUGGAGAACAGCUGCUUCCAUUAUGGAACUAACUCUCUGCAUCUCAGGAAGGUUGUGUCCUACUGGAAAAACCAGUUCAAUUGGAAGAAACAAGUUGAAGUCCUCAACAAGUACCCACAAUUCAAAACAAAGAUUCAAGGCAUUGAUAUCCAUUUUGUUCAUGUAAAGCCUCCUUGUUUGCCUGAAGGCCAGGCUGCAAAGCCACUGUUAAUGGUCCAUGGUUGGCCUGGCUCAUUCUACGAGUUUUACAAAAUUAUCCCUCUGCUGACGGAUCCUGCAAGCCACGGCCUCGGCCAUGAGCACAUUUUUGAAGUCAUUUGCCCAUCCAUCCCUGGUUAUGGUUUCUCAGAAGCACCCCACAAGCAAGGCUUCAAUUCCGUGAGUGCUGCUUCUGUUUUUUAUGAAUUGAUGCUCAGACUGGGAUUCAAUGAGUUCUACACCCAGGGUGGUGACUGUGGCUGGCUCAUCUGCACCAACCUGGCCCAGAUAGCUCCCAGCCAUGUGAAAGGUCUCCAUUUAAACAUGGUCUUGGUUUCGAAGCUGGGACUCUCUCACCUGCUCUCCAUCCUGCUGGGCCGGCACUUCCCAGGGCUCUUUGGAUUCCAGGGUGAAGAUGUCAGGAGGAUGUUCCCCUUCUUGAAGAACUGCCUCUACAAGAUCUUCUCUGAGUUUGGCUAUGCUCACAUACAGACUACAAAACCGGAUACUGUUGGCUGUGGUUUGAAUGACUCUCCUGUGGGACUGGCUGCAUACAUCUUGGAGAAGUUUUCCUCGUGGACUGAUAUGGAAUUCCAGAACCUAGAGGAUGGAGGACUAGAGAGGAAGUUCAGCCUGGAUGACCUGCUCACCAAUAUCAUGAUCUACUGGGUGUCAGGAUGCAUUGUCUCCUCCAUGCGUUUCUACAAAGAAAACUUGGAGAAGGGGAUAGGCACACAGAAGCAUGAAAAGCUCACAGUACAGGUACCCACUGGCAUUGCUGCCUUCCCUAAUGAAAUCCUGCACAUACCCCAGGCUUGGGCCAAGAAGAAAUACACCAACAUUGUCUCCUUCCACUUCAUGCCAAGGGGUGGCCACUUCGCAGCUUUCGAGGAACCUGAACUUCUUGCUAAAGAUAUUCUGCAAUUUGUUGACAAAGUAGAGAAAGAGCAUCUCUGGAGAAAGAAAGGGGAAUAACUUCCCUAAGAAACAGCAGGGUAAUUAUUUCUAGCUUAGCACAUGUACAGGGUUUACUAAGUCUGCCGUAAUCCAUGUAAUUAGAUCUUAUUGUUGACCAGAUGUGAGCAAGGACAGAAAGAAAAAUAC